UCCCUGAAGCUCGCCUUUCAUGUCACCAGUGCUACUUGUAUGUGCAGACGCAGCCAAUCUCUUCCUCAUGACGCCACCGAGGCAGGGCUCAGAGGGCUGCGAUCAUAAUAUUUAACACACCCACCCUGGAUGAACACUUGGAAGGAAGACAAGGCAGGAGCGUUGAGAGGACAAAUCACAGCCAGGAUCCCCGCACCUGCCACUCAGGCUCCGGCUUGACUUCGCCGACGCUCGCACACAGCAGCAGCUUUGUCAGGAAGCAGCAUCCGAGCAUCCUGGAUUCUUUACGGAUUUGUCUUUUUUGCGCUCUGGUUGCAAAUUCUGCGGGUUUUUUUUUUUUUUUUUUUUUUGUGGGCAGCUCAUCAAUCUCUCCUGUUACUUUUCCUCCAGAAGACAGUUAUGACAUCUCACUCCGAGCUCUGAGGGAGACUAUCGAUGCUUUUAACGGGACCACGCUCCCUCCUCCGUCCUCUUCUCAGAGAUUCAUUCAGUCCUGCGUCCUCCUGACACCGAAUCUUAUCCAACAACGCAAUGAAUGAAGAGUUGUUGUUGAGCUGCUGCCAGUGAAGUGUCUCCGCAUGUCUGUCCACCUGUCUGCGGAGGAAGAGCUGUUGUAAAUAGCACAGAUGCACGUAGGAUGGAGCUUUCAACAUAGGCUCAGUAUGUGUGCCACGAUCAGAGGACAUCUCCAAACUCACAUCGCCAAACACUGUCGGACAUCCAAGUCGGAGCUGUGAGGUGCGCUGUUCCCAAAGCCGAGUCUGUGCGAAGACAACAAAUAAACACAAAGAUGAUAUUGUUUCGUAAAUUCCGAGUGCUGAUCCUCAUGGUGUUCCUGGUCGCCUGCACCAUGCACAUCAUGAUAGACUUGUUACCGAAGCUGGAGAAGCGGGCUGCCGGAGCGGACAGCGGGGACGGCGGCUGUCAGUGCGCGCACCAUCCGGGCGGGGAGGCGCAGGGCUGGGGGAAGCAGCGCGCCAGGUCGGCGGCUGAAGCGGGCUGGCCUAACAAGCACACGCUGAGGAUCCUGCAGGAUUUCAGCAACGAGCCCAGCUCCAACCUCACCUCCCACUCCCUGGAAAAGAUCACGGCCGCCGGGGACAGAGCGGACGCCUUCAGGCGGACCGGACCGGCGGCGGGGAAGGCGGAGGAACACAAGCCGCUCAUCGGGGACGCGAGCGGGGGUCGGACCGUGUCUGGCCACGGUGUCUCCCGGCUGGCUGCUCUGUUCGAGCAUCCCUUAUACAAGGUUGACCUUCCUCCUCUCACGGACGAUGACACUUUGUUUAACGUCAACACCGACACCAGGUUUUAUCCCAAAGCAACAGGGAACCAAGGAUGGCACAAUGAGGAAGGGAACGAAGACGAGGAGGAGUUCUCUCCCACCGGUGAGGUGACGGCUGAAUCUUACCCCAACUGGCUGCGUUUCCACAUCGGGAUCAACCGCUACGAGCUCUACUCCAGACACAAUCCUGUUCUGGAUGCCCUGCUGAAGGACCUGGUCCUGCAGAGGAUCACCAGCGUGGCCAUGAAAUCGGGAGGCACCCAGCUGAAGCUGAUCAUGACUUUCCAGAACUAUGGACAAGCGCUGUUCAAGCCCAUGAAGCAGACCCGAGAGCAGGAGACGCCUCCAGACUUCUUCUACUUCUCGGACUUUGAGAGGCACAACGCUGAGAUCGCUGCUUUCCACCUGGACAGGAUCCUCGACUUUCGGAGAGUGCCCCCGGUGGCAGGACGCCUCGUCAACAUGACCAGGGAGAUCAGAGACGUGACUCGUGAUAAGAAGCUGUGGAGGACCUUCUUCAUCUCACCAGCCAAUAACGUCUGCUUCUACGGCGAGUGCUCGUACUACUGCUCCACUGAGCACGCUCUGUGCGGUAAACCCGACCAGAUCGAAGGCUCUCUGGCCGCCUUCCUGCCAGACCUGAACCUGGCCAAACGCAAAACCUGGAGGAACCCCUGGAGACGCUCGUACCACAAGCGCAAGAAAGCCGAGUGGGAGGUGGAUCCAGAUUACUGCGACGAGGUCAAGCAGAUGCCUCCGUACGACCGAGGAACUCGACUGCUGGACAUCAUGGAUAUGACCAUCUUCGACUUUUUAAUGGGUAAUAUGGAUCGGCAUCAUUACGAAACCUUUGAGAAGUUUGGAAACGACACGUUCAUCAUUCACCUCGACAACGGCAGAGGCUUUGGAAAACACUCCCACGACGAGCUGUCCAUCCUCGUGCCUCUCAGUCAGUGCUGCAGGGUGAGGAAGUCCACCUACCUGCGUCUCCAGCUGCUGGCCAAAGAGGAGUUCCAGCUGAGCUCUCUGAUGGAGGAGUCUCUGCUGCGUGACCGCCUGUCGCCCGUCCUCAUCCAGCCCCACCUGCAGGCCAUGGACCGCCGCCUCCGGCUGGUGCUGCAGGUGUUGUCGCGCUGCAUAGAGAAAGAAGGCCACGUCAACGUCGUGGAGGAGGAUCUGGUCGGGGACUCGGCCACCCACAGGGGCCCCGGCCACAGGUAGUGAGGGCAAAGCCGAUGGACCACAGCUGUGGAUGUUCAACCAAUGGGAUUACACCAAAAAAAACACACAAUCCCACUUGUCAAGCUGAAUUCAGUGAAUUCCAAGACUUGCCAUCAUUGCCUCAAUGGAAACUGUGUGGAACUGUCCACGGACACCACCAACGGAGGCUUUGUACUUGUUAGAUACAGAUGUAUUUUUGUUGUACGAGACAUAAAGGAACCACCGCCGUGUUCUGGGUUCGUCCAGUUUGUUCUGAGUAUGGAGGCGACCAGUUGGUUUUGUGUGUUUUAUUAUAUUAACCAAAUCGACCAACUUUCACUGACCGGGCAGCGUUCGGUCAGACAAUAAGCUUUAUCAGUUAUCACAGUGUAAGAAAAGGUCGAGAAGGAGAGGAGGUUUCAGCGAAUGUUUCAAAGAUGAAUCUGAGGGUCUCCACUAAGUGUGUUCUCUUUAUAAUCUGUCUUCAUAAGCUUUUAGUCCUGGCACAGACUUGGAACGGGCCCAUUGAAAAUGUUAUCACAAACUUCAAGUACUUCACACUGUAGUCCAAACAGUUUCUUCACUUUGCCUUAUUUCAACGACGAAUCUAUGAUUUUAACACAACCCCCUGAAAGUUCAGCAGAAAAAACACUAAAAUAACAUUCACCAAACCAUAAAUGUUCUAAAUGUAAAGACUGGAAACCACAAAGCAGACCUGAUUCAACAUCAUUUCACAGUUUAUGUAAAGCAGCUGUUACAGUUUGUGGGUUUCAUUCCAAAUUCCUAUUUAUUGAUGCGAAAACAUAAAUUUUGCUUCUUGUUGCUUUAUAGUUUGGAAACUUCAGGACUUGGAGACUAUUUAAAUUGGCAUUUCUUUGGGUGUUUUUGUUUUGUUUUGUUUUUUAAAUAGAAAAACAACAGCUGUUUGAUUUUGAACAUUACAUUGUUGAAGUGCAAUGUUUCCUCCUGAGAGUCCUGUGUAUCGGCUGACCCAGUACCUGUGCAAUGACAGAAAUACAGUACUUGAAUGUUUUUGGGUUGGCAGUAUGGACAGGAUUUAUCGAGCUACCGACGGCGUGAAGCCUGGUCUCAAGUCGAGGGGCUGAAACGCCUCGUCCAACCACAGGGAUAACCACGGGCACUGUUCCUUAACUUUCAUAUUUUCAGUGUAAAUACCUAUAAGUACUUUGAAGACCUAUCGAGCUGCACUGCACAGUGAUUCGCUUCUGUUUUCUGCUCUUGCAUUGUUACUGUGAAGAUCUGUUUACUAAAUGAUUAAAGUGUGCAAUAAAAACCGGAGUGAGGACGAA